GAGCCGCGCAUGCGAGCGUGUGGAACAUAAAGAUGAUCGUCCACGCGUGGCCAAUGUCGAACUGUGCGGAUUGGCAUAGCUGCUUUUGCGAGAAGGCGCGCGGAAGUGAUAUAGGAUAUAGAGCAGAGGAGCGCGCGGGUGUAAAGCAGGUCUGCUCCAGUCAGAACAGUGCACGACUGCCGUUUACAAGGAGGCGCUUCGUCUCGUUGUCGUCAGCGCUAUCGUCCUCGCCAUCGUCACGCAGUGUCACAGCGUGUCUUCAGUUUGAGUGUCUCAUUCCUCUGGGAGGGUGUUGGCGUGCAAGUGGUAGACGUUGGGGUUCGUCGACAUCGCCUUCCUCUCGGAAGUUCAUCAGCGCGCGCCACGUGGAGCCGCCCAGGCCGUUCGUUUAUCUCUCGUCGAAUUCCAUGGCUGAUGUGGGCCCUGAAGCCGUUCCGCCUGCCGGUGCCGGCGGCGAGAGCCUUGGUGGGCAGCCCAGAUCUCCACGACGGAUUCUUAUAGCCGUUGAUCAGUCGAAGGAGAGCUUGCACGCCGUCCGAUGGGCCGAUUGGCACCUCUUGAGGGCGGGCGAUGAAGUACAUCUUCUCCAUGUUGUUCGGCGCGGAGUAGGUGUGCCCCCGAGCGGGUCUAUGUCGCCCCAGUUGGCAGCGACCUGGGACAGAUAUGUGUGGUUGUUGACGCUGCAAGAAAUGCUUUCCGAAAGGCAAAUCUGUUCCUUCAUCCACAUAGUGGAAGGGGAUGUUCGACAGAUAAUACUGACGGUGAUGGAGGAGCUGCGCUGUCAUCUCGUGGUCGUGGGGGAUCGCGGAUUGGGAGCCAUCAGGCGUGCACUCCUAGGGAGCGUGAGCGACUACCUGGUGCAUCAUUCGGCCGUGCCCGUGAUUGUCGUCAAGGGGGCAGGGAAAGAGGAGGAGAGAAAGAUGGACCAAGCUGUGAAGAAGAAAGAAGAAAAAAAGGCGGAAAUAUCACAGGCUGUUAAGCAGAUCACAUCGUAGAGAUAGGGGAUGGGAUGGGAUGAGAGGGGAGAGGAAAGGCCUCGACUACGGACAGAAUAGGAGGGCUAGAUUCAAGCAGAUUAC